UUCACGUCGGGACAAAUGAACAGCCUUUGGCAAAUUGUCCUGUUCCAGGAGUAGCCUUAUAACUCCUCCAUUUUGUCCAUCGUCAUUAGAACGUCUUUAUGGUCAGUUGACAAGGUUUGUGUCAGAGACGGAAUCUGGGAAAGAAGAUGAUGGAAUACAUGAACGAUAAAUUCGCGUUAAAAAAUCAAGCGAUUAAGGGCAGCGACUACUACGUAGACUCGGGUGGCGCGCUUGACCAAGUUAUGGAGAGUUUGGACAGUGUACAAUAUUUCAGCAAGACCUCGCCCAAGUGUGUACAGGCCUUUGGUCUACAGAACAGCGAGCACCACACGCGAAUGGAGCGAUCCUCGCAGUGUGGAGAUCAAAACGCAAAUUAUGGUGUCCCUAAAACCGAAGAAGAGACCUUGCACGCAGACCUUGGUAGGUCGAUGGAGAACUGUUGUAAUCUCAGGGCUUCACCGGUGACGCCAGGUCAGGAGAAAACGGAUUUGGAUGAAAUGGGUGACAAGUGUGACAGUAACGUCUCGAGCAGUAAGAAAAGGCGGCACAGGACGACGUUCACGAGCGCACAAUUGGAGGAGCUGGAGAAGGUUUUUCAGAAAACUCAUUACCCAGAUGUUUAUGUGAGAGAACAGCUGGCAAUGAGGACGGAACUUACAGAAGCACGAGUGCAGGUGUGGUUUCAAAACAGAAGAGCGAAGUGGAGGAAAAGAGAACGCUACGGACAGAUUCAACAAGCAAAAAGCCACUUCGCUGCAACUUACGACAUCUCAGUGUUGCCAAGGACAGACAGUUACUCGCAGAUCCCCAACAACCUGUGGCCCAACCCUGCUCCUAGUGGCUCAGUGGUCUCCUCCUGCAUGCUCCCCCGUGGAUCUCCCCCCUGCGUCUCCUCCUACUCCCACUCCCCGCGCUCUGCAGCCGAUCACGGGUAUGUGAGUUUCCCCAACCAGCAGAAUCAGUUCGGGCACGUCUCCCUCAACAACUUCUUCACGGCCGACUCCCUCCUCACGCCCUCGACCAACGGACACCCAUUUGAGACCAAGCCAGAGUUUGAGAGACGCUCUUCCAGCAUCGCCGUGCUGCGGAUGAAGGCAAAAGAACAUGCGGCCAAUAUAUCCUGGGCCAUGUGACUAUGACUUUGAUUCCCCGCCCGACCCCCAGAUUCCCAGCCACUAUAACUUUAGCAUUAGUACUGUGCUCAAAAGAUUGCACCAAUUGUUAAACAGUGAACUCACUGUAGCGCCGGAUUGAUUGCCAGAUCAAAGAUGACAUUCGGAAGUUGGAAACAUUUAGGGCUCAUGACUGACUGGUCAUAAGCUGGACUGAAGAAACAUGAUGC